AUUAAAUUUCUUAAAAAAAUAAAAAAAACAUUUUGAAAAAUGGAUACUUAAACAAAAUACGUAGCAGAAUUCAAAUUAGUAUUAGUAGGUGACGGUGGUGUUGGUAAAACAACUUUUGUAAAAAGACAUUAAACAGGAGAAUUCGAAAAAAGAUACGUCGCAACAUAAGGAGUAAAUGUUUCUAAUUUAAUUUUGAACACAAACCACGGACCUAUUAAAUUCAACUUAUGGGAUACUGCUGGAUAAGAAAAGUUAGGAGGAUUACGUGAAGGAUAUUAUAUUGGUGCUCACGCUGCUAUUAUAAUGUUUGAUGUAACAUCAAGAAUUACCUAUAAAAAUGUUCCUAAAUGGCACAAAGAUUUGACCAGAAUUUGUGAAAACAUCCCUAUUGUAUUAGUAGGAAAUAAGGUUGAUUCUAAAGACAGAAAAGUCAAAGCUAGACAAAUCACUUUCCAUAGAAGAAGAUCCCUUUAAUAUUAUGAUGUUUCUGCUAAAUCUAACUAUUAAUAUGAAAAACCCUUCUUAUGGAUCCUUAGAAAAUUAAUCGGAGAUCCUAACCUUGUUUUAGUUGAAGGUAUUGCUUUACCACCUCCUGAAAUUAUUAUGGACUAAGCUCAUAUUGAAUAAAUGUAGAAAGAAUUUAGAAGAAGUUGAAAAUGCUUAACUUCCUGAUGAAGAAGAUGACUAAUUUAAAUGAAAAAUUAUUUUUUAAAUAUAGUUUCAUAUAUAUAUAUAUUAUUUUUAAUUUGAAAGUUUUAUAUAUAAAGAUUUAUUUUUUUAUUGAA